AUGACGAUAUCUAGAAAAGUGGCGGAACAUAAUUCGGCAACAGAAUUUGCUUCACCCAAGAAACCUGGCCCCAAGUUGUCAGUAAUUGACAAGUUGGAUGAGUUCACAUUUGCAGCCAUUAGACGGACAGUACAUCAAUUUUUUCAUCGCAACGAGCCGCCUACUAUUGAGAAGGUAUUGCAAGUUGUUAAUGAUGACCCGGGCCUGCCAAAUUUAUCUUUUUUCACCUUGAGACAGGUGCUUAAGCACCUCAAUUUUAAAUAUGCAAGUCGGAAACGCCAAAGCAGCCUCAUUGAUAGGGCUGAUAUCAUAUUGUGGAGGAAAAGAUAUUUGGUGAAAAUUAAGCAGUAUCGUAGAGAGGGCAGACCUAUUUAUUACCAAGAUGAAACAUGGAUUAAUGAAGGGCACACGGUGAACAAGGUCUGGCAGGACCCUAAAGUAUUGUCAUCUCGACAAGCCUUUUUAGAAGGCCUUACAACUGGCCUUAAGGCUCCAUCGGGAAAAGGAAGGCGGCUCAUUAUAAGCCACAUUGGCAGUGAAGAAGGAUUUGUUGAAAAUGGAUUGCUGCUGUUUGAAUCAAAGAAAAACACUCAAGACUAUCAUAAAGAAAUGAAUGCUCAGCAUUUUGAAGAAUGGCUAACUGGUAUAUUGCCACGGCUUAAGCCAAACUCCGUGCUCGUUUUAGACAAUGCUCCUUAUCAUUCAAGAAAAUUAGAAAGUGGCCCUGUAAAAAAGUGGAACAAGGGCCAAAUUAUUCAAUGGUUGCAUGAAAGGAAUGUACCCUGUGACAUGUCCAUGAUCAAGACAGAGUUAUGGGCUCUGGUAGAAACUCAACCCAAAGUAAACAAAAUGGCAGUAGACGAAUUAGCGGCAGCUCAUAAUGUAACCAUUUUGAGACUCCCCCAUACCAUUGUGAACUAA